UUUAAUAGAACUUCGUUCCAGUGUUUCCCGUUAAUUGCCCUCAUAUUUUGAUAUGCACCGUUUGUGAAACACCGCAGUUCGUUCGCACAGUGCCGGUUCGAAGAAAAGUUUUAUCCCAUCGCACAGCGUACCGUAAAUUAGCGUAUUAAAGUGUCGGACACCGACGGGAGGCAGAUCGCAAACGUCACUACUUCACACGUCAGCCGGAAUCGUUUCUCAUUGAUUGUCACAAAAGUUAGUCGCAAACUAAAACUGUGUAAAGUUGUUAGCGGAAUAGUUUGUGCGAUAGAAAAUGGUGCUCAUAGCGGCCGCAGUAUGUACAAAGGCUGGAAAAACGAUCGUUUCGCGGCAGUUUGUUGAAAUGACGAAAGCCCGCAUCGAGGGUUUGUUGGCCGCAUUUCCAAAGUUGAUGACGUCCGGCAAACAGCACACGUUCGUGGAGACGGACUCAGUGCGGUAUGUGUAUCAGCCGCUGGAAAAGCUCUACAUGCUGCUCAUCACGACGAAAGCGAGCAACAUUCUGGAGGACCUGGAAACGCUGCGAAUGUUCUCGAAAGUGAUUCCCGAGUACUGUCGGUCGCUGGAGGAAAAGGAAAUCAUCGAGAAUGCGUUCGAUUUGAUCUUUGCGUUCGACGAAAUCGUCGCGCUCGGCUACCGAGAGAGCGUGAACCUGAGCCAGAUCAAAUCGUUCGUAGAGAUGGAUUCGCACGAGGAGAAGGUCUAUCAAGCCGUUCGGCAAACGCAGGAGCGUGACGCGAAGCAAAAGAUGCGCGAGCGCGCCAAGGAGUUACAGCGUCAGCGAAUGGAGCAAAAGAAGGGAGGGAUUAGUGGGCGCGUUGGCCUUGGUCCCAUAGGUUCGGCGUCUUCGGCGGAAGGGUUCGGCGUCUCUACCACCAUCAUCGGGGGAAUGUCCAGCGAUAGCAUGUCGUCGUCGCUUAAUUCGUCGACAGUCAAUAUCGGUGAAAUCAAACCAACACCAGCAGUACCGGCACCGAAACAAAGUGGAGCCCCAAGAAAAGCCCUCAAGUUGGGUGGAAAGUCUCGCGAUGCCGAUACGUUUGUUGAUCAGCUCAAAAAUGAGGGCGAAACAGUUGCUUCCACACCACUACCUACCGCAACGGCAUCAGCUGGGGCGAAGGCGAAACCCGUUUCGGAUGUACCGAUGGAUGAUGUCCACUUACGUAUUGAGGACAAGAUUGUGGUUCGCAUUGGGCGCGACGGAGGUCUGCAAGCGUUUGAAUUGUCCGGGUUGCUUACCUUGCGAAUCUCGGACGACAAAUUCGGCCGCAUCAAGGUGCAGCUAGACAACGCGGAUCAACGUGGCAUUCAGAUGCAGACACACCCGAACGUGGACAAGGAGCUGUUUCGCAACCAGAAUCAGAUCGGGUUGAAAAAUCCGGCCAAACCGUUCCCGCUGAACACGGAUGUCGGAGUGCUGAAGUGGCGUUAUCAGACGCAGGAUGAAUCAGCGGUUCCAUUGACGAUUAAUUGCUGGCCAUCCGAAAACGCUGAAGGUGGCUGCGAUGUAAACAUUGAGUACGAACUAGAACAUCUGCGGCUGGAGUUGCACGAUGUUUGCAUAACGAUUCCACUGCCCAUGGGCAUUACACCUUCGAUAGCCGAGUGUGAUGGAGACUAUAACCACGAUUCGCGCAAGAACACAUUACAGUGGAACUUGCCGGUCAUCGAUGCGUCCACCAAACAGGGUUCAAUGGAAUUCACUGUUCCGAACUCAAUUCCCGGGGACUUUUUCCCACUCGAUGUAACGUUUUCUUCGAAAAUUCCGUACGCCGAGCUGGCUCCCGCCAAGGUGCUGCUUGUGGAAGAUGGUUCUGAAGCGAAAUUCUCGGCGGAAACGGUCUUCUACACGGACAAGUUCGAAAUAGUAUAAACCGCAAACCACCGUAGCGCAUGACCGCCUUUUGGUUGGCACCCCAAAGGGGCCGAUGGAUGUGGCGAAUGUGGUAAUCUUUUUUUUCGUGGUAUUUUAUCCCCUUCUUUUUCCUAGUAUAUAAAAGAGUUUUGCAUUAGCGGUAAGCAACCGUAAUGAACGAGCGAGAACGUACUGUUUUGACUGUGGAAGUUUUAAACCGUUACACAUAUUUUUCUCUUUUUUGAAAAGAGAAAUUAAGCGUCCUCAUCUUUCGUUGUGUAACACUCCCAGCAAGGUUGGACUUUGGCAAAAACAAUACUAUAAGAUAGCAAAAAAACAUAAUACGCUCGCGUUCAAUAUAUUAUACCAAGCAAAAACAUCAAAAA